UUUAUUUAAUUUAAAAUCGCACAGAGAAUGCGUUGAGCGCUUAUCAUCUUAUUGUUUAAGCCACAGAUGUAAUAUUCACUCACAAGACAUAUUUUCCACUUGUCUGCGCAGAUCAGACGCAUUUUAGCUCCGUUGAUGUAUUUGAACGGGGUCCUGCGGAUCUCUACGUACACACUUUCAAACAGGAAACCAUCAGCCUCAUCUCAAUUAUACUAACGUUACUUAACCGCUUUAUUUUGUUGUUUCAAAAUGCUUCCAGCAUUUAAAUCCAUUCCGUCACAUAUGGACUAUAAAGGACAGAAACUUGCAGAGCAAAUUUUCCAAGGAAUCAUUCUGGUGUCUGCGGUGAUCGGCUUCAUCUAUGGCUUAAUUAUUCAGCAGUUUGGAUGGACGGUUUACAUAAUGUUGGCUGGAUUCACAGUAUCGUGCUUGCUCACCCUGCCUCCCUGGCCGAUGUACAGAAAAAAUCCUUUGAGCUGGCAGCCCGCUUUGCCCGAGACGUCAGGAGAAAACCGUGACAAACCUCAAGAGAGUCAGAAGAAGAAGAAGCACAAGUGAUCCACGGCAGAAUUUUAGUUUGGAUUAGGCACAGCAAAACCAUAUAAAUAUACAAUAGAAACAGAUCUAUGAAAACCUAUUCAUUUUUGUCACUGUUUGAGCAUUCGAUAUGUAAUAAAGAACUGUGUUUGGUA